UCGCUUUUAUCGUCUGCAGCCUUCCCGCCAGUACAGCAUGCUUUCUGCUGAGGCAAGUCGCAAUCUCCUGGUGUGUCUCCUCUGGGUACUGAAGAAUGCUGACGGAGCUGUGCUACAUCGUUGGCUGGCUGACCUCUCGGCUUUCCAUGUGAACCGUCUACUUGACUUACUCUACCUCUGUGUCUCCUGCUUUGAAUACAAGGGCAAAAAGGCCUUUGAACGCAUCAAUAGUCUGACCUUCAAAAAAUCUCUGGACAUGAAAGCGCGAUUGGAGGAAGCCAUCUUAGGCACUAUCGGGGCACGUCAAGAAAUGGUUCGACGCAGUCGAGAGCGCGGUCCCUUUGGAAACCAAGAAAACGUUCGCUGGAGGAAGAAUAUUGCUCACUGGAGGCAGAACUCGGACAAGGUGGACAAGUCAAAGGAAGAGAUGGAACACGAUGCUUUAGUAGAUGGAAACAUGGCCACAGAGGCCAACAUGGUGGUGCUGGAUACCUUGGAAAUUAUUGUGCAAACAGUGAUCUUGUCUGAAGCCAAGGAGAGUGUCCUGGGUGGGGUGCUGAGGGUGCUUCUUCACAGCAUGGGCUGUACACCUAGUGCUGCCUUCUUGCAGCACUGCUUUGCCACCCAGAGAGCACUGGUGAGCAAGUUCCCUGAAAUGCUUUUUGAGGAAGACACUGAACUGUGUGCUGAUCUGUGCCUGCGUCUUCUACGCCAUUGUAGCAGCAGAGUAGCCAUCAUCCGCACCCACGCAAGCACCUCGCUGUACCUUCUUAUGAGACAGAAUUUUGAGAUUGGCAAUAACUUUGCCCGAGUGAAGAUGCAGGUGACCAUGUCACUCUCAUCACUUGUGGGAACCUCUCAGAACUUCAAUGAGGAACACUUGCGGCGCUCACUGAAAACCAUCCUUACCUAUGCUGAGGAAGACCCAGAGUUGCGAGAGACAACCUUUGCUGAGCAGGUACAAGAUCUCGUCUUUAACCUGCACAUGAUCCUGACAGAUACAGUGAAGAUGAAGGAGCAUCAGGAGGAUCCAGAGAUGCUGAUAGACUUGAUGUAUAGGAUAGCGAAGGGAUACCAGGCAUCACCAGAUCUGAGGCUGACAUGGCUGCAGAACAUGGCAGCAAAGCAUUCCGAACGUGGAAACCACGCAGAAGCAGCACAGUGUUUGGUGCAUUCUGCUGCCCUGGUAGCUGAAUAUCUUAGCAUGUUGGAAGACUGCCGCUACCUACCUGUGGGCUGUGUCACUUUCCAGAACAUCUCUUCCAAUGUACUAGAAGAGUCUGCAGUUUCAGAUGACAUCUUGUCCCCAGAUGAAGAGGGCAUCUGCUCUGGAAAAUACUUCACGGAACAAGGGCUGGUGGGGUUGCUUGAGCAAGCAGCUUCUUCAUUUACUUUGGGUGGACUUUAUGAGGCUGUCAAUGAGACCUACAAAAUCCUCAUUCCCAUCCAUGAAGCAAACCGUGACUUCAAGAAGUUGGCAGUUCUGCAUGGCAAACUGCAAGAUGCUUUCAGCAAGAUAACUAGCCAGGCCUCUGGCUGGGAGAGAAUGUUUGGAACGUAUUUCCGGGUUGGUUUUUAUGGCAGCAAAUUUGGAGACUUGGAUGAGCAAGAGUUUGUCUACAAAGAACCCUCUAUCACUAAAUUAGCUGAAAUUUCUCAUCGACUUGAGGAGUUUUAUGCUGAACGUUUUGGGCAUGAAAUGGUGGAAAUUAUCAAAGGCUCCAAUCCUGUGGACAAGACCAAGCUGGAUCCUAAUAAGGCAUACAUCCAGUUGACUUAUGUGGAGCCUUUCUUUGACACAUACGAACUGAAGGACCGUGUCACAUAUUUUGACAAGAACUAUAACCUGCGCACUUUCAUGUUUUGUACCCCUUUCACAUUGGAUGGACGAGCACAUGGUGACCUGCAUGAGCAGUUCAAGCGCAAGACUCUGCUCACCACUUCUCAUGCUUUCCCCUACAUCAAAACCCGCAUUAAUGUCAUCCACAAGGAAGAGAUCAUUCUGAUUCCUAUUGAAGUAGCCAUAGAGGACAUGCAGAAGAAGACUCAGGAAUUGACUUUUGCCACCCACCAGGACCCAGCUGAUGCCAAGAUGCUGCAGAUGGUGCUUCAGGGAUGUGUUGGAACCAUAGUCAACCAGGGUCCUCUGGAGGUGGCACAGGUAUUUUUGGCUGAGAUCCCUGAUGACCCCAAGCUCUAUCGGCACCACAACAAGCUGCGGCUGUGCUUCAAGGAUUUCACUAAGAGAUGUGAAGAUGCUCUUCGUAAAAGCAAGACACUGAUUGGACCAGACCAACGUGAGUUCCUCCGAGAGCUAGAGAGGAAUUACCAGCGUCUAAAGGAAGCCUUGCACCCACUACUCAACCGCAAAAUCCCUCAGCUCUACACGCCAGUUGCUCCUCAUUCUGCACACAGAAACUCCUUCAACAGAUUGAGUCUGCGGAAGAUGGAAGCCUAAAAUGGAUUGCUUGAAUUGCAGGGGGACCAGUUCCAGGAAGGAAGUCCUGGACUUUACACCCUCCAGAGUUUCAGCCUUACUGAAGGAUGGUGCACUUAUUUUGCACUGGAAGACAAUACUGAGAUUCAGAGCUCCUGCCCCAUUUUUCCAGGCACUGUUCGAGAUUUAAAGCCAGAAUGUCAGUCAAAUAGGAAGAGAGUUACUGUUGAAGAUGGUAGUAGGAAGGAUCUGUAUCCCACCCCUUGUUGAUGACUGAGUUCCACCCUCGGGAAACUUCUCAAUGCACAGCCAUCUGCAUCAGGAAGGCUAGUUCUGACCUCCUGCAGAUCUUUAUCAAAGUGGAGAUUUAUCUCUUGCACACUCCUGAAUUUCCAUAUACAGCAGCUAGAUCCAAAAUGUGGCUCUAGAUGGACUUGGAGGUUUGUUCACUGAGGAUGCUCUGCUGUUUUCCCCUUGAGAGCUGAGAUUAGCUGAAGAAUUUGGAAGCCUCUACUAUGCACCCUCUUUCUCUCUCUCUCGUGUUCUGUGCUUAAUACUUUUUUGGCUUUUGACCACUUGGAAUAACCAGAUUUAUGGAUCAAUACGAAUGACUGGCUUAUUUUCUGGAUCUCAUUCCUAACUCAGGGAAGAAGGCAGUGGUAUCUGGGACAGGGUUGGAAGACUGAAACUUUACAACACCUGGAUUUGAUUCCUGCCUUUAAGAAGUGAGCAAGUACUCCUUGAUCUGCCUACCCAGAGCUUGGGCUGAAACCCAGGAAUUAUGAUUCGUACCUCUGCUGCUCUUUGUUCUAGCUCCCAAGUUUCUAUUAAGAGCUCCUACCAACUACCUUUUGGAAUCCUAUUUGCAACAUGGACCAAAAAAAACUUCUAAUGUCUUUCCAAGAAGGGGCACACUGUCACUCACUCUCUCCUUCCUUCUCACAUAAGCAAAAAAAUUACAGCAGUGCUUUCUAGAGAGAGAAUGAGGAGGGUGGAUGGGCUGAAGGGAAACCUUCAUCCAAAUACAAGGGUGGUAUGUGCAUCUGUUCCUUAAGAAAAUGAGUAUACUUUUCCUCUUUGUAUGUUUUUCUCUCUCUUCCCCUCCUCCCCACCCCCCACCCAUACUUCCCCAGCAAAUGAUGCAGGCUAAACUUGAAUUCUAAACUGUAUUACAUUCUUGUUAGAAGUAUUUUCCUGGGCAGAGCUCUUGGCUCUAGAGGUAGGGUGGAAGAUUUCUGGGGAGAUAUGAGGCACAUCUCUGAAAAGUACCCUGAUUUAAUCAAAAACAGAAGUUUCAAUCCAAAAUGCACAUCUCUAAGGGCUCUCUUGGUUAGGGUUCAGUGGCCAAUUUAAAUUUGCUUCCUCAAGUAAACUGAACAAACCAGGCAUGUGUAUAGGAAGAACCACAUUUGUUCCAGAUAGUUUUGUUUUCUGUUUUAAUUUUCAGGAACAUGUAGAAACACUGUGCCUUUUAAAUACGUGGGUGCCCUGGCCAUUGUGUUACAACCUGGAAGCCUUUAAAAUGACUUCUCUAACAGUAGAAAGCAAAAAUUGCAGCAGCACAUCAUGGUUGUCAGUCUUUAACCAAAGUUGCUCCUGUUUGGAAUCAAAAUAUGCCUCCAUCGUUUUCUCUAGAUCAAAGUUCUACCUUGUUCCAAGUCUACGAUGAAUAGCUGAGCCUUGAUUUAUGUCUGUCUUAACUCCUUAUUUGAGGAAAUUAUAAAGUUUAUUUAUAAUCCAAUUUUAAAAACAAAAUAUGAAAUGUCUGGCUCUGUUCUUUGUAAUGAAUAGCAAAGCCUUGUUUAUUUGUGUGCCAGGCAUUGAAGAAUUCCACACAAGCUAUGUUUGUUCCAUAUCGGAAUUAAAUCAGCAAUGUGAUGAAA